AUGACCUCACGACACGAGCCCAAACAGAGCCUGGCAGAGCGGCGAAAGGGGGAAUCGGCCCUAAGCGAAUUUGCCGACUACGUACAGAAACAACAGGCGUUGCGCCGACCGCCAGGCCAGGCCGCCGCCGUCCUUGACGACCACGAUGAGCUGAGCAUAUUGGAUGAACUUGGCCUCUCGGAUGACAACCAUUCGCACAUUCGCCUCAAGACGCUCCUUACCGAUCCCGCCGAAGAAAAUGUCGCUGCGCUCGCUGAGCACAUCAAGGAGCGCCUGGCUGAGGGCCACGGCGAGGUCCUAUUUGAUGUCGGCCUGGAGGAUACAGGAGACCACAUGGGUUUCACCAAAGACCUCUGGAAUUUUGCAUUGGAGAGAAUAGGGGUUGUUUGCGAACAGAUUAAAGCAGAUUACAAGCUCUUGAUGACGCGGAACGUUGGCGGUGACGUUGAGGUUGGACCCCGCGAUGCCAAAGAUACGGGCUUUAGCGGGAAGAUGCUCCUGCGACAACGGCCGGAGAGCGUGGACGACGUUAUUGAAACUAGGAUAGCGGUGGUAGGAAAUGUGGAUGCGGGAAAAAGUACCAUGUUGGGUGUCCUGGUCAAGGGCGGCCUAGAUGAUGGCCGUGGCAAGGCGCGUGUCAAUCUCUUCCGCCACAAGCACGAGAUUGAGAGCGGUCGAACCAGCUCAGUCGGUAUGGAGAUUAUGGGCUUUGACAGCAAGAGCGAAGUCGUUGUCUCCAGCGUUGCAGGUCGAAAACUCACUUGGGAGGAGAUUGGAAGGCGAUCGGCCAAAGUAAUCAGCUUCACUGAUUUAGCUGGCCACGAGAGAGAGCAUCUCGGUAUCGCACUCGCACUCAAUGUCCCGGUCAUGGUUGUCAUUACCAAGAUUGACAUUUGCCCACCGCAAAUUCUUGAGCAGACCAUCACUCAACUAACCAAAAUCCUCAAAUCUCCCGGCGCACGGAAGAUACCCAUCUUUAUCAAAAACAGAGAAGAGUGCAUCCAAACUGCUACUCAGUUCGUCUCUAGCCGAAUAUGUCCCAUCUUCCAGGUGUCUAACGUUACCGGCCACAACUUGGAUCUAGUGCGCAUGUUUCUCAACGCUCUUCCCCACCACGGUCACUACGACAGCUCCGCGCCUCUGGAGUUCCAUGUUAAUGACACCUUCUCGGUCCCUUUCGUUGGUACCGUUGUGUCAGGGGUAGUCAAAUCCGGCGUCAUCCACUCCGGUGACGCAGUCUUGAUUGGCCCUGACAGUCUAGGUCAAUUCCAGACCACCAAAGUUCGAUCCGUCGAGCGGAAACGAAUACAAGUUCCCGGGUGCUCCGCAGGCCAGUCUGCCAGUCUCGCAUUACGCAACGUUCGACGAAAGGAUGUACGAAAAGGCAUGGUAGUAUUGCACAAGCCUGACAAGCCCGACCCCACAACCGGCGUUGUACCAAACCCCAAAGUCUAUCGCGAGUUCGUUGCAGAAGUUUUGAUUCUCUCCCACGCAACCACCAUCAAGACCAAAUACCAGGCUAUGCUACACGUCGGCCCCGUCUCGCAAACAUGCGCCAUCAUCGAUAUUGACCGCCAGUACAUUCGGACUGGUGACCGAGCACAGGUCGCGUUCCGGUUCGUUCAGCGACCAGAGUAUCUGACCGUAGGCGAUCGGAUAUUGUUCCGUGAGGGCAGGACUAAAGGCCUUGGUAUCGUCAAGAGGGUUGGCUAUGAUCCUAAGCACCCGCUCAACCCGGAUCUAAACAAGGACCAGGAUAAAGACAAGGCGAAUGAUCAGGAUGGGAAGAAGUUGGAAGGGUCAUGA